AUGUGGACAUUAGAAUUGUGUCUGCAGACGAAAUGCGAGAAUGUCAUUGCAGGAUGGCCGUGGCCUGUGUCUUGGUUUCGACCGUUUCCCGUUGUUCGCUUGAACAGACUCUUUCGCAUAGACAGAGUCCGUGAUUGCAUCGAACGGACAGAGACAAGGAGUUCAAUGCCAAAUGCGUUUCGCGUGCUCUGUGUAGUGUGGUACAUCAUUGUGAUUAUCCACUGGAAUGCCUGCUUCUACUUCUGGAUAUCGGAGAUGAUAGGGUUAGGAUCAGAUGGUUGGGUAUAUGGUCCACUGAAUAAGCAGAGCUUGCCGGAGAAUGUGAGGGACACAUUACUUCGUCGCUACAUAUACAGCUUUUAUUGGUCAACUUUGAUCUUGACCACGAUCGGAGAGGUACCUGGACCUGUACAGAAUAUAGAAUACCUAUUUGUGACGCUCGAUUUGAUGUGUGGUGUGCUCAUCUUCGCUACUAUCGUCGGUAACGUCGGAAGUAUGAUUUCUAACAUGAGCGCCGCUCGAACAGAGUUCCAAAACAAAAUGGACGGCAUCAAGCAAUAUAUGGAACUGCGAAGAGUCAGCAAGCAGGCAAGAUUGCAUAAAUCUCUCUUGGAAAUGAGGGUUAUAAAGUGGUUCGAUUAUCUCUGGGCCAACAAGCAGUCGCUCAGUGACCAGCAAGUGCUAAAGGUGUUACCCGACAAGCUGCAAGCUGAAAUCGCCAUGCAAGUGCAUUUUGAAACUUUAAGGAAAGUCCGCAUUUUCCAGGAUUGCGAAGCUGGACUUUUGGCCGAGUUAGUGCUGAAGCUACAAUUACAAGUAUUUUCUCCUGGUGAUUACAUUUGCCGGAAGGGUGAUAUAGGAAGAGAGAUGUACAUCGUAAAGAGAGGGAAACUACAGGUUGUUGGUGAUGAUGGGCAAAAGGUCUUUGCAACACUGCAAGAAGGUGCGGUCUUUGGAGAGUUGAGUAUUCUCAAUAUUGCAGGAAGCAAGAAUGGCAAUCGGAGAACAGCCAAUGUCCGCUCAGUUGGCUACACAGAUUUAUUUGUUCUGAAUAAAAAUGAUUUAUGGAACGCUUUAAGGGAAUACCCAGAUGCCAGAAAGCUUCUCAUGGCAAAA